AUGUCCGAUGACUCCGACUCGCCGGCCUCGGCAGGCAAGCGCCGCAUCGACACCAUCGGACGUCACGUCCAGCAAGUCGCCCCCUUCACCACCUCCUCUACUCCUUCAUCACCGCGGCCGUUGCCAUCCCACGCAAACGCAUUCAACGACGACCGCGAGAAGCUCGGUACCUUCACGCUCGGCCCCAACGUCUCCAUCCCCGUCUUCCAGCCCAAGCUGCCCGAGCGUCUACCUUCCACCCGUCUGCUGCUAAACCUCGACGAUCCGAUCGCUCUCGAGCAUCUCGAGUUCCUCUCCAAGAAAUGGCAGCUCGGCCAGGACGUCUUCUUGCUCUCAGCUCCCGGUCCGUAUGCCCGCCGGCUGAGUCUCACGUUUGCCUCGCUCCUCCAGCUACCGUUUGAGUAUGUCUCGUUCCAUCGGGAUGUCGGGGAAGCAGAGCUACUGCAGACGAGGAGCUUGUCGGCUGGCGGCAACUUGGUGUUUGAGGACGGGCCCGUGAUCCGUGCAAUGAAGAACGGUCAUCUGCUGAUUCUGGAAGGCGUCGAAAAGGCGGAACGAGGCGUUACUCCCAUCAUCAACAACAUCCUCGAGAACCGGGAACAAAACCUUGCGGAUGGCCGGCAUCUCAUCCCGGCGGAGAAGCUCGCCGCUUUCCAGCAGGAAGAGGCACAGCACAAGGGUGGGAAUGCAAGCCGCUUCAUCCCUGUCCACCCGAACUUCCGCGUCAUUGCCACAGGUGUCCCCGUUCCACCUUACCGCGGGUACCCCUUAGAUCCUCCCUUCCGCUCCCGAUUCCAAGCUCGAUGGAUCGAAGGUUCUGUUCAAUCGACCGUGCCCCUCCCCGAAAAGCUCUCCUCCGACGCCCAACAGCUCCGCUCGCGAUGGAGCCAAUGGGCAGCCCUCUUGCGGUACCACACCACCCUCGCCCAAGGAAACGACGUCAUCCCACCAACCUCGCGCCUGCCCAACCUCCCAACCACUGCUCUACCACUCCUGACCGAUAUCGUGAGCACCUUCCCGCCAACCAGCUCGCUCGUCAGUCUCGAUUUUGACGAAUCCGACCCGCUCCUGCCCAAAUGGCCACGUGACCUCCCCGAUGACAUCAAGACCGUCGAAACGAGCGCAUCGACGCUCGCGCUGCUCAGCUCGGCGUAUCCGCAGGUAUUUGCUCUCGACGGAGAGAAGCGCAAGACACUCGACUCGCUGCUAGGGCAGCUGCAGAUUCACGAGCAGCAGGGAGAAGGCGCUGAUCAGGCGACCCUCGCCGCAACGGGAUUUAUGGGUUAUCUUGUCGACGCGAUCGAGAGGGCUUCGCCGACCACGGUCAAGAUCACGUUUGCCCACGUGGCAGGCGCGGCGCCUAACGUGACCAUUGAAGCCGCCUGUGGAAACUUGGAUCUCGCUCCUGUACCCCGACUGGGCGACACGACGUUCCUGGGACAAGAACUCAUCGUCACCCCCCGAGUGCUCUCGAUCUACAGCCGGCUGCUCCAGCUGCACGCACUCGGCAGAGACAUCUGCCUCGUCCCCGCCAACAAGGCCACCACCCCAGACAAACCCGGCGCAGCAUCCACGUCCGACCCGCUCGCCGCUGCUGCGCACCAGCCGUCGUCGUCCACCACCACGUGCAUUGGCCUGAUGGCGGCUACACUGGGCUACGCGUUCGAGUCCGUCUGGCUCUGGAAGGAUCUCGGAGGCGGCGAGCUGCUCAUGCGCCGCUCCACCGCCAGUGACGGCAGCACGACGUGGGAGCCUGCGCCUCUUGUGCGUGGCGCUAUGCAGGGCAAGCUGAUUCAUCUUGCUGGAGUCGACGUGUUGGGUCCUACGCUGGGCAGUCUCGCGCGUCUGCUGCAGGACCGAGAGCUGGAGCUGUGGAACGGUGCCCGUAUGACCGAGAGCGAGUCAAAAGAACCGCAGCUUCCUUCGCCAACGCCGAGCGGCCCGUCGGAUCUGACGGUGGGUCCGACCAUUGCACCAGGCGAAAUCGUGCCCAUCCAACCAACCUUCCGUGUGGUCGCCACCGCAUCCAAGGCCACAGGCUGGCUGGACGAAGAAGCCAGCACGCUCUUCGCCAUCUGCAGCACGCGGGCGAUGGACGAAGACGAGGAGCGCCACAUUGUUCUCUCGCGCGUAGGGCUCGAAACACCCACAUCCGACAUGAAGCGAAUGUUCCACUUCGUCAACCGCUACCGCGAGCUGAGUGCCGAUCCCAACUUGGGACUGGCCAAGUCGCGACGCCUCGGCACACGCCAGGUGAUCCGAAUGGCUUCGCGCCUCGCGCGCUGGCAGGACGACUGCGAUGUGCACGGCCUCAUCUGGCGCAGCCUGCUCGUCGACUUCCUGCCCAUCACUGUGCGCGAGGUGAUCGCCAACCUGCUCACCGAGUGUGGCAUCUUCAAGCCGGGCACCGAGGGUGCCUUCCAGUACGUCCCGCGUCUGUGGAUCGGUGACCCACAGAUCACUCCGCCUGCCGACGGCAGCGGCGGGGCGGGCACACUCGACUUUGCCGCCUCGGACGGCUCGGACCGCGAAUAUCCCGUGCGCUCUAUCCCGCGCUACGACGCCAACACCCUCGACCCGGAGGGAAAGACGCUGAUCCCAGACCUUGGCCGAAGCUUCUACAACAACGCGCAGCAGAGCGGUCUGAUCCGAUCGUUUGCCGAAGAUCUCGUUCUGCUCGACGAGCAUUUGUUGCUCAUGGGUUCGCAGGGUACAGGCAAGAACAAAAUCAUCGAUCGCACGCUCGAGCUGCUGGGCAGGCCGAGGGAGUACAUCCAGAUGAACCGCGACUCGACCGUGGCGGGUCUGCUGCAGCAGAUCGCGUUGGAAAAGGGACGGAUCCAUUACUACGACUCGCCCCUGGUGCGCGCAGUCAAGUUGGGACGCAUCUUGGUCGUCGACGAAGCGGAUAAGUGCUCGACGGCGGUUUCGGCUGUGUUCAAAAGUCUGGCCGAACGCGGCGAGUUGAGUCUGCCGGAUGGACGACGAAUCCGACCGGCCAAGAAGGGCGAGCGCGCACAACAAGAUGCAGCAGCACCGUCGGGAACGGCUGGAGACAUCCUCGUGCAUCCCGACUUCCGCCUGGUGCUCCUCUCCAACCGACCGGGCUGGCCGUUCUUCGGCAACAACUUCAUCGAAGUCAUUGGCGAAGGCUUCAGCUGCUACGCCGUUGCCAACCCUGACAUCGAGUCCGAGGUGCGCCUGCUCAAAGCCGCCGCACCCAACGUCGACGUCGACCUGCUCCGCCGCCUCGACCUCGCCUUCCACGACCUGCGCGCCGGAUUCGAAGCGGGCCUGAUCAACCACCCUUACUCUCUGCGCGAGCUGCUGCACCUUGUCGCACAUAUGCAAAAGUACCCCGAGGAGCCGCUCUCGUCUGUGCUGCUCAACACGCUCGCGUUCGACCUGCACCGCCCCGAAAGCAUCCGCUGGGUGGUCGAGACGCUGCGCAAGCGCAACCUGCCCAUCGAACAGCUCUCGCUCGAGGUGCUGCGCGAACAGGAUCUGGAACGCAUCCGAGCCGCCGAAAAGGCGGGCAAGGACGGUCUCAAGCCCGAGUUCCAUCCGGGCAAAGAGGAAUUCGACCCCAGAAAGGCCGGCCGCGACACGAGCCUCGACAAGCCAAAGGAGGGCAAGGUGGAUCCGAACAACGAGGUGCACGUGGGCGGCAACCAGUGGAAGGGCGGCGUCGGAGGCGGUGACACGAUGGGACUCGGAGGACGCGGUGGCUACGGCCGCCAGUAUACAGGCCACAAGAUCCACCAGAUUAGCAAGGAGCUGAAACAGGAUGUGCCGGAACACCUCAAGAAGCAGGCGCGCGAGAUGGCGCGCCAAGCUCUCGAAAAGGAGCUGCGCGACAACGGAAUGCAGCCGCACGAAGCGGUCAACCUGCACGAGAUGAAGCAGAAGACGGCGUCGCAGGUCCAGCACCUGUCCAACGUGCUCAACGACCUCAAGGCGAACCGAUACGAACGAUCCUGGCUGACACGCCAGCAAGAGGGCGAGCUCGACGAGCGGCGGCUGUCUGAAGGCCUCGCAGGGGAGCGUGGCAUCUUCAAGCGUCGCGCCGAGAUGCCUCCCGAUCCGGGCGCGCCCCAGGUGAAGCCCAAACGUAUCCGCAUCGUGCUCGAUCUGUCGGCAUCCAUGUACCACAUGCAGUACGACGGCCGCUUGCAACGCGAGCUCGAAGUGGCCCUCAUGGUGAUGCAGGCCUUCUCGCGCGUCGAGGACGCCACCGAGCGCUUUGCUGUCGACAUGGUCGGCCACAGCGGCGACCUCGACAUGAUCCCCCUCGUCCAGGUCGGCCACAUGCCCAAAACCGACGGCGACAUGUACAGGAUCUUGAGGGCCAUCGUCAGCCACACCCAGUACUGCGACUCGGGCGACAACACGCUCAAGUGCAUCGAAAAGUCCAUCCGCCAAGUCAAACGCCCCCUCAAGACCGAUCCUGACCACCAAGACGUCCACAUCGACGCCUCGACCGCCACGGGCCUCAACGCUCCCAUCGUCGAGGAAGACCCCUCCACUUCGCCCAUGGACGACUACUUUGUCAUCGUCUUGUCCGACGCAAACCUCUCGCGAUACGGCAUCACCCAUCACCGCCUCGCCCAACUGCUGCGCCUCGACCCGCAGGUAAAGACCUCGCUCAUCUUCAUCGACAAGGGCACCGAAGCCCAGUAUCUCGCUAGACAGCUUCCCACCCAAACCCACGUGGCCCGAGAGACCAAGGACAUCCCACGCAUCCUCAGCAACAUCCUCACCAGCGUCGUUCAGAAUUCAUAG